AUGCAUAAAAGCUUACUAGAACCACGAUUUGGUACUCUAAACAGGAUGUCCCAAAUUUACUUCCCACCUCCAGCGUUAGGAUGUAUGAGAUGCCAGGCCGGCUAUCGGCUUCAAGACGGUAAUUGUGCCAAUGUAAAUGAAUGCGAUUGGCUUCCAUGCACAAACGGGGGUAGAUGUGUUGAUCAUAAUCCACCCUUAAGAUAUGAGUGCGUCUGCCCUUCAGGGCACACAGGAUUAAACUGCGAGCUGGAAUUGGCCUCAGCAGGAGCAAUUUUACCUUCCAAAGACUUUAUAUUAACUGUUAUAGGGUGUCUGAUGGGACUUUUGGGAUGUUUGGAUGAUGUCCGACUAGAAGGUAAACACCUGCCGCUGCCACCAGCCAUGAAUGGUACUCAAUGGGGUCAGGCAACUAUGGCCAGGAACCUGGACCGUGGAUGUUCGUCCAAUAAACCCUGUGCCAAUGUUAUCUGUCCAGAGCCUUUCGAAUGUGUUGAUUUGUGGAACGACUACGAAUGCACCUGUGGAGAGGGUCGAAUUAUGUCGGCUGAUUCUAAAGACUGCACCGACAAGGACGAAUGUAUCGAUCUUCCGUGUCUAAAUGGAGGAACGUGUAUCAACUUGGAGCCAAAUUUGAGGUACAGAUGUAACUGUCCAGAUGGUUUCUGGGGCGAAAACUGCGAACUAAUUCAAGAAGGACAGACGCUAAAAUUGUCGAUGGGUGCCCUAGCCGCCAUUCUGGUGUGCCUGUUGAUUAUCUUAAUUCUGGUUUUGGUUUUCGUUGUCUAUAAUCGACGCAGAGAAGCCCACAUCAAAUAUCCCGGACCGGAUGAUGACGUAAGAGAAAACAUUAUCAACUAUGACGAUGAAGGAGGUGGCGAAGAUGAUAUGACCGCUUUCGAUAUUACACCCCUCCAAAUUCCCAUUAAUGGACCUCACCCCGAAAUGGACCCGAGCAAACUUGCAUUUAGCAUGCUUGUCCCCGGCCAAGAACUAAACGUGGGAACCUUCAUUGAAGACCACAAGAAGCGAGCUGAUAGUGAUCCAAACGCACCGCCCUUUGACGAUUUGCGAAACUAUGCGUAUGAAGGAGGAGGUAGCACUGCUGGAUCUCUCAGCUCUUUAGCCUCAGGGAUUGGCCCUCCAGUCAUUAUUGAAAAAGACUGA